ACAUACCCUGAUUAUUGUUUACAUUAGAAGCACUGCAAUGUGGGCUCCUGGUCAUUCCCUCAAAGAGAUCGGAUCCUCAGGGAGUUAGGAUACUAAAACAAAAAUCAGAAUUGACACAAUCAAUAGAGUUGAAAAUUGUAAACUUAACGAAACAAAAAUCUGGGUACUUAGAUGCUUAACACAGGACUGAUGGGUUGAUAUUUUCACACAGAGCUUAAUAUCCAUGGGAAUUAUGUACUGGCGAACGCCAGGCCAUUGGUGUGAAUAGGUGUUGCAUUAAUUUCUUCCUAAUGUGCGAUGCCAGCUUGUGCCAACCGAUCCAGUGUUGCUUCUGCAAAUGUGACAUCAUGAUGAGAAAGUGGAUGACGCAGCAGUGCAAAUGCCUCGAUGUUGUAUUGCUCUCCUAAUGUCAAUGGUUUGAACAGGUAGUGUUGCAUUAGUUUUGUGACCGUGCGCUGUCAGUAGCAAUACGACAGCCUUAAAAUUGAGAUUAUGUUCCAAGCAUAUAUAGCUUAAAAAAUUAUAUAUGCUCAUAUGGCCACCACAAACAUGUAUUCCCUCCGCCCCAAAGUAAGUGUCCUUGAUUUAGUACAACUUUAGUACAAAGUUGUACUAAAUCAAAGACAUCUAUUCUGGACGGAGGGAGUAUUACAUCAAGUAUUAAGUAUGUAUUCAGGCUUUGCUCCAUGCAUGACUGCUCGGUACAUAUAACGCCCUCUCGGGACCCUGAGAACCAAAGUUCGGCAUCGUCCUCUAUAAUAACCCUUUGAAGAAAGAACGGGAGGAAUAAUUUAGCUCCUUGUCAAUGCAUAUCAUGUAGAGUAAGAAGUACAGUAGUUAGUGCAUGAUUGAUUCAAGCGUGCUAGUAAAAAUAAUAUGUCUGGUCUGAGACGGGAUAUAUUGCACAUUUCUGACUGCAAGUUGGAAGUAGUUGAUGAUAUUUAAUCAUCAAUUGGGGAGUCAGGUCUCUCUCUGAAAAGCUACAGCUAUAUAAAAUCGUGAAGUCUUUGUCUGGAAAUACACAAAUUAUACAUAAGCCUUUGAUUCCAAGUUUACAUGUGGGAGGGACUUCUGUUCCAGCUACCAAGCACUAACCCCAAACAUACCCCAUCAGUUGUGCGACGGCUGGUAGUUGAUGAUACAAAGGGACAGCCGAUUGACCAAUUGAUCAAGCACAGUCGUCGUCCGCAUUCAUGGCAAAGCACAUUGCAUCCAUGUCCGGGGACGAGGUAGCUGUAAAGGAGUUACUUAGCUAUAUAUAUCUACCUAGCUCACAUCAGGUGUAUUUUCGUAAAAUUAACUAAAGUGAUACACCCUCUGCUUCUGAAUAUAAGGUUCAGUUUAAACUGUCAAAACGUCUUAUAUUUAGGAUCGGAGGUAGUAAUAUUUUACAAACCAUCUUCUUAACUCCAUCAAACAUACCAACAACCAAUUCAUCUUCAAAAUUGGACUUGAAACAUGCCACGUCUGGACCAUCAUGACUGUGUCAAAUUAUAGUCGACAGAUCGUCAUAGCUUUAAGUAAGCAGUCUGAACCGUAAUCUCGCAUACUGGUCUAUUCUGGCAUAAAAUACAACCGUAAUCUCGCAUACUGGUCUAUUCUGGCAUAAAAUACAGCGGUUGGUGGGUGCAUGAUUGAUUUGAGCUUGCUCAUAACACAAUUCGAAGACGAGAAACAGUAUGUAUGAAUGCAGCUGUACAUUUAUUAAUGUUGCUUGGGAAUGUUUGAUUAUGUAUAUGAGGCGAAGAAGAUAGGAAGCUGCCGAGUCUUGUCAGGUCACACAAAAUAUAAUUAGGCAAGAUGCUUAUGGUGGAUAUAAAAUUGACCAUGGAGUGCUAGUCUUGUCUGAUCACACACACAUUAUAGGGACACGACUCCAAGUUCACAUCUGGCCACCGUGCAUGCAUUGACUAUUGACUUGGUAACAUGCAUUGUCCGAGGGAUGAUAUAUACUCUAGCUAGAGCCCAUCCAUUUGAUAGCAAAUAAAGCAAAUGGCUUCCCCCCAGGGUGACCCUGAAAUUGGAGCUGCAUCAUCCGCAGAGCAGAGCCAGGGAGGAGGAGCAGGCCCUGACAAACAUGUUGGAGUUCCUGACAUUUCUAAGGCCGGGGACUCAAAGCUGUACGAGUUCAAGGAGCAGCUCCUGCUGCUGUCGACUCUGGUGGCGACGGUGACGUACGUCGCCGGGCUGAACCUGCCCGGGGGGUCCUGGGAGCAGGGCAACCCAGGGGGGCACCUCGCCGGCGACCCGAUUCUUCGGGACACUCACUACCGCCGCUACCUCGCCUUCUACUACUGCAACGCGACUGCCCUCGCCGCGUCGCUCGUGGUCUCCCUCAUCCUCAUCAUCUUGCGGAGGAAGAGCCCUGUCUGGACAGCAGUGCUGCAGAUCGUCAUGGUGCUCGACCUGCUCAGCCUCAUCGGUGCGUACGGCGCCGGGAGCUGCCGGGAUGCAUUCACAACCAUCUACGCGCUGGUGGUCUUCUGCGUUUUGGUAGUGGCCAUCAUCUCUGUUUUCUUCUCCCUUAUGGUGAAGGCCCUCAUCAAAUGGGCUGGCAAGGUCCGUGCCGCCGCCAGCCCGAUCAACACCACUGGUGGCAACCUCAGAGGCAUCCUCGCCUUGAGGCGAGUCACGACGGCGAUCAAGGCAAUUGAGUCGCUUGCAGCCGACUCCAAAGACCGUGCUGAGAAGGAGAUGGUUGAUGUGUUGAUGCUGCUCGCAACCUUCGCGGUCACCAUCACAUACGUUGCCGGGCUGAGUCCGCCUGGUGGGUUCUGGACCAACACCGAGGACGGACACCGUUUGAGCGACCCGGUGUUACAAGCCCGUGGCCGGUACCGCGCCUUCUUCGUCUGCAACACCACCUCGUUCGCUUUGUCCCUGCUCAUCAUCGUGGUUCUCCUGGAGAGGAAGAUGCUCGGGAAGAGUAUGUUGCUUGGGAGAAAGAAGAUGAAGUUUGGGGGAAAGUCCAUCCCAAAGCGGCUUGCAGCGCCCUGUGGGUUGAUCGUCGUCGCUCUGCUGGGCCUCAUGGGGGCCUAUGCUGCUGGGAGCUGCAGAGAGGCUGACACCACUGUCAUGGUCCUUAUGGUGCCUGUCGGUGUAUGCCUGCUGCUGGCGAUUGUUUUCCAUUGGAAGCCACUCACAAAAAUGCAUUAUUUCGUCUUGAAAUUCUUCAAGAAACUCGCCCAUCUUGGCAUUCCUUCAGGUACCUACAGAGACACGGACGAUGACCACCUACAAAACACCCGUUAUCUUGUUAUGCUCCUUGCUACUCUUGUGGUGACCAUCACUUACCAAGCAGGACUAGAUCCACCGGGCGGCCUCUGGCAAGACGAUCGGGAUGGGCAUAAGAUGGGCCACCCGGUGCUACAAACGACACAUCCUACUAGGUACAAAGUGUUCUUCUAUAGCAACUCGGCAGCCUUCAUCACAUCCCUGGUCGUCAACAUGAUGCUCCAGAGCAAGUUUCUGCUCACGCGGCACACGCUGGAAGUAACCCUCGUGUUCGACCUAUUCGGUCUCGUCACUGCCUAUGGCGCCGGAAGCACCAGGGAUGUAAUCACAUCCAUCUACAUUGUUGCCUUGGCAGGCAUCGUCCUGGUCUACGUCAUCGUCCAUAUCAUCAUCAGAGAACAUGAUCCUGAUCCGGAGGAUCAUGCUGCACUAAAGGAACUUGAUGACAAGCGCAGGGUGCUAUUGUUGGUCGCUAUCUUGGCGGCCACCCUCACGUACCAAGCUGGUCUCACCCCGCCUGGUGGCUUCUGGUUGGCAGACGACCAAGGGCUCGGUCUCCGUGCGGGUUUCCCGGUCCUUCUUCACCAUUACCCUCGUCGUUACUAUGCAUUCUUCUACUGCAAUGCGGCAAGCUUCAUGGCAUCCGUAACCCUCAUCCUCCUUCUUGUCAAUCCGAAGCUAUACAGGCCGGGCAUACGUUGUUAUGCGCUCUAUGUGUGCAUGUUGGUGGGCACAUUUGGCCUUAUGGGUGCAUACGCUGCCGGAAGCUCCCGGCAUCUCAAGACCUCCAUCUAUGUAUUGACCUUGGUCGGCGCAGUGGUUGCCUUCAUAGCCUUGCUGCUAGUCCUUUUCCGGUUAUUCCCUUUAUUUGACAAACCCAAAGAGAAAGUGCCGGCAACUCCCAAGACGGCUGAAGCAGAUCACAGCAGCAACAAGGCAACUUCCAAGACGGCUGAAGCAGGUCACAGCAGCAACAAGAGCAGCGGCAGCAAGAAGAAAGAAAAACUUCAAUACUUGAUGCUGCUAGGGAUCCUGGCUGCAAGUAUGACAUACCAGACUGGCCUAAAACCACCGGGCGGCCUAUGGCAGGACAACAAUGACGGGCACUCUGCUGGCAACCCCAUUCUCCGUGACAUCAACAAGGACCGGUACAAUGCUUUCUUCUACAGCAACUCUGCCUCCUUCAUGGCCUCAGUUGUGGUGGUCGUCAUGCUGCUUCCAUUGACGAUGCUGCCCGAGAAAGAUACAAAGUCGUUCGAGAAAGAAACAAAGACGGUCAUGCUGCUUCAGUUGACGAUGUUGCCCGUGGAAGACCCGAAGUCGCCCGAGAAAGAAACAAAGUUGUCCAAGGAAGACACAGAGUCGGCCCAGAAAGAUUCGAAGCCGACCGAUAAAGAGCCGGCCGACGAAGGCACAUGGCCACUCUGGCCGAUGCAUACGGCCAUCUUGCUGGACAUGAUGGGCCUCCUGGUGGCAUACGCAGCGGGCAGUACUAGGAAAUGGGAAACAUCCAGGAACGUCAUGGUCCUCAUCGUUCCUGUGUUGGCCUACAUUGGGCUCUACGCAGCGCUGUCAGUCUUCUGCCAUAGAAAAGAAAAGUCCAAAGUGGCAGCAGAUAUCCAGGAUGGUGGUGCAGCCGCGUAACAGUAAUGAUGUCAUGUGAUUCUUUGUCAACUUUACCUUUGGGGAGAGAAACUUUACAGGACCUGUUGGAGGAAGUGCCGACGUGGAAAUUCGGAACUGAGCUCAUGAGGAAAGGAACCCAAGUGAGCUAGGCUCACUGUGAGCAUCCUGUGUAUAUUUCAGAUAUUGAGUUGAUUGUUCAUAUGUAUUUCAUUGUGAUGGCGAGUUGUAGCAUAGCAGUAUAGGCAUCAUGUGAGUUGUAGUCCAUUGAAUUAAUGGCAUAUAUAGCAGCAUACUUUUUUGUGACAAAAUUGUAAUUUGCAGAGUGAAACUGAUGAAGAACUUGGAUAAUGACAUACGCAAUACCGAUUCUUUGUUUACAAAUAUGUACAGAUUAUA